CAGGUAUAAGAAAGGCGAGUCUGUGAUAAUUUUCUCAUUCUGCGUGUACAAAACAUCAGGAGAUGUCAGGACGAGGAAAAACCAGCGGCAAAGCUCGGGCCAAGGCCAAGUCUCGCUCAUCCCGGGCUGGACUGCAGUUCCCGGUCGGUCGUGUUCACAGGCACUUGAGGAAGGGCAACUAUGCUCAGCGGGUGGGUGCAGGAGCCCCUGUCUAUCUGGCUGCUGUGCUCGAGUAUCUGACGGCUGAAAUCCUCGAGCUGGCCGGCAACGCAGCCCGGGACAACAAGAAGAGCCGCAUCAUCCCCAGACAUCUGCAGCUGGCCGUCCGCAACGACGAGGAGCUCAACAAGCUGCUGGGAGGGGUGACCAUCGCUCAGGGCGGUGUAUUGCCCAAUAUCCAGGCCGUGCUGUUACCCAAGAAAACCGGCGGUACGAACAAGUAAGCCAGAGAAACUCAACAGUGACCCAAAGGCUCUUUUCAGAGCCACUCACCAUGUCUGUGGAAGGGCUGAUCAUCGAUUAUGCUUAGUGCGGGACAAGUGUUCCUUGUCGAAAAUUGAGUUGUUUACACAGUGGUAGACCAACUGCCUUAGAGCGCCAGAGACCCUGGUCCGAUC